AUGGUUGACCCAGGCGAUGCUGCCGCUGGAAGCGAAGUCAACACCAGCAAAUUAGUAUCCCUCCGGCAUCAACGGACUACGAUUACGCGAAACAUGACCAAUUUGAAGACCAAACUCGAUAAGGAGAAGGAGACUUUAAACGUGCCAGGUUUAGAAUGUUAUCUUCAAAUACUAGAAGGGCACUUUGGUCAACUUUCCACAACUCAAGGCCAAAUUGAAAAUCUACACAGUGCCGACACCGAGCGAAGCAGUUUGGAUGAGCUGUUCGUGGAAAUUAAAACAACGCUGUUGGCCGCAAUAUCAAGGAAACGUCGGGAAAGCAUUCCAGGAGACACGACAUUGAAUAGUUCAUUCAAUUCGUCAGUCAUGCAUCACAAUCGUCUGCCAAAUCUGAAGUUGCCGAGCUUCGACGGAAAAAUUGCGCAAACUACAAACGUUUCGCUGGUGCAUUUUCAAAUCUCGUGGAAACGGAUGGUGGCCUUUCGAAUAUCGACAAAUUACCGACGAAAACUACUCGAAGGCAAUGGAUCGGUUGAGGCGCGAUACGACAACGACGUGUUUAUUUUCCUAGACUACAUUUCAAAUUUGUUUGCAGUUCCAACCAUCGAGAAUGCCAAUGCAGCCAAACUUCUAAACGUCGUCGAUACGAUAUCCGCAAUUCGGUCGUCAGUGCUCUCACUUGGAUCAGCAGCAAACGUAAUGGAUGCAAUCAUAAUUCAUCUGAUGCUAGGCAAACUGGAUCCAGAGACAAAAAUGCAGUAUCAAGAAAGGCAGAGUUACGAUCAAUUACCAUCCUGGGACGAUUGCUGCGGAUUUCUAACUCGCCGGUGUCAAUAUCUUGAAGCACGCGAAAGGGAUCACCCCGUAGGUGGAACCGACAUACCCACGCUAUCAUCAUCGAAGCAACCACGCAAAUCGAAGGCGUUUAUGACCGUUAACGCAACCUGCGUUUAUUGCAAGGGUUCAUCUCACUACAUCUCUAGUUGCACAGCUUUCAACAAGUGCAACCCAAACGAGCGCACCAGCUUUGCAAAACGCACACACCUGUGCCUAAACUGCCUAAGGCCAAAUCACAUUCUGAAGGAGUGCAAAUCGAAAUCGCGUUGCAAGAUGUGCCACGCAUCACAUCAUACGCUGCUCCACGAGUCCAGCCACUUAGCAACGUAUUUUUCAUCCAUAGAAAAUCCUCAGGACCAACUUAACGUCGCAAUCCAACACAACCAAGAGUCUGUACAGCUUAAUUCAAACGUCGCCCUGUUAACGCGAGCAUCUAAGCAGGGAGUUUUACCAACAGCUGUCAUACAGAUCAAGGACGUGACCGGCAAUUAUCAGCUAGUUCGAGCUCUACUAGAUUCUUGCUCCGAGGUCAAUUUAAUCACCGAGGAAACCGCCAAGCGACUAAACCUCCAUAAAGCGCGGGUUUCUCAGGCUGUCAGCGGGAUAUCGGAGGCUUGUGAAUCAAUUCCUGACAAUGUCUUCGCCACACUCAAAUCUCGAAUUUCAAAUUUUCAAUGGUCAUCCGAAUUUGGCGUCAUUAAGCGGAUCUGUUCAAGGCAACCCCGGGAAUAUAUCGACACCUCCACAUGGAAGCUUCCCGAGGGAAUCAUGCUUGCACCACCAGAUUCUUCGAACAGAACAAAAUCGACGUCCUUAUAA